AGAUGAAGUCUCUAACUUGACGUUGUCUCAAUUGUUCGGAUGAUACCUGGUGAGUGCUCGUGGAAGAGAUGACAGACAGCACGGCGUUUGAGCCGUGGGGAAGCAUUGCGAUGUAUGCGUAGAGAGAUUGAGUUUGUUACAUUUUGCUAUUGUUCUGUGUCGUUUCUGAGUUUGUCUGCGAUCGUGACAGAGAUACUGUACCCAAGGUCUCGGCUUAACUUCUUGAUACUUGGCUUUUCUCACGAUGUCUGUGGGAAAGUCUGUUCGCGCCGUCACCUACGCAGGGAAAUUGUAGUCCCUGGAAUAAAAAUGGACUUUGAUACGAUGAACGUCGAAUUCGUGCUGGUUUGUGUGACUUUGUCGGGGUUAAUUAACCGCAUACUUACUUACUUAGUUCAUCGCUGGUGCAUCGUUUUCGGUUGGUACCUGCAUUGUUCUCGACUCGCUCAGAUCUAUGGUGCCUGGACGGGCCAGCAUCUCAGAAACAUUGACAGGUCGGACCAGUGGCUUUCAUCUGAACAUGACAUGACUCUGCUACCAUUCAUCAUCUGAACCUGCUACGUCUAUUGCCAGCAAUGAGUUGGUGCUUCGUGGCCUCUUCUCAGAUGUACUGGGUUGGUACUAGUCGUCCGGUUGGAAACACUGACAGCCCUAUGCGUUUCGUCUGAAGGGAAAAGACGAGGACACGACUAUGUUGCUUCAACAACAGG